AUGGCGCUGGAACCGGAGGGGAACAACCGGCUCCUGCAGGACGUACUGGCCAGACCCGACAACGAAACAUGCGCGGACUGCGGCAAUCCAGAGCCGGACUGGGCGUCGCUGACUUUGGGCGUGUUUGUUUGUCAGGCCUGUUCGCUCCUUCACCGGAGCAUCCCACAUAUCAGCCGUGUCAAGUCGGUGCAGGACACAUGGGAUGCCAGUGAAGUGGAGUUGAUGGCUGCUAUGGGAAACAGUGCAGCCAAGGCCAAAUAUGAACAGAAAGUACCCGCUUUCUACUAUAGACCAACACACACUGACUGCAAGCUGCUGAGAGAGCAGUGGAUCCGAGCCAAGUACGAGAGAAACGAGUUUGAGUUCAUCGAGAAACAGGAGCCUUACUCUGCAGGAUACCGAGAGGGGUUUCUAUGGAAACGAGGAAGAGACAACGGUCAGUUCCUCAGCCGAAAGUUCAUCAUAUCCGAGAGGGAGGGAGCCCUAAAAUACUUCAACAAGCAGGAUGCCAGAGAUCCCAAGGCCAUAAUGAAGAUUGAGACGCUCAACGCCACCUUCCAACCAGCCAAAAUUGGCAAUCCUUGCGGCUUACAAAUAACCUACUUGAAAGACAACAGCACAAGGAACAUCUUUGUCUACCACAGUGAUGCUAAGGAGAUGGUCGACUGGUUCAAUGCUAUCAGGGCAGCCAGGUUCCACUACCUACAGGUCGCUUUUCCUGGAGCCAGUGAUGAGGAGCUCGUGCCUAAACUGACCCGGAAUUUCAUGAAGGAGGGAUUCAUGGAGAAAACAGGUCCCAAGCACACAGAGGGCUUUAAGAAGAGGUGGUUCACUAUGGAUGACAGGAGGCUGAUGUACUUUAAAGACCCACUGGACGCUUAUGCCCGAGGUGAGGUGUUCAUUGGCAGUAAGGAGAACAGCUACACUGUCCUGUCGGGCUUACCUCCAUCCACUCAGGGCUACCACUGGAACCACGGUAUCACUAUCGUCACACCUGACAGGAAGUUUUUGUUUGCCUGCGAGACUGAAGCUGAGCAACGAGAUUGGAUCGCAGCUUUCCAGAGGGUCAUUAAUCGACCAAUGAGGCCUCAAGAAUACGCAGUGGAGGCCCAUUUUAAACACAAGCCUUGAAGUCUGCAGGACGCCUCUGCUGAGAUGGACCGGCCCAGUCUCAUUCGAACAGAGACAACCCCAGUUAUGGACCACGGCAGGAGACGAGGACAUGGACUUGUGGGUCAGGAAGUGGGUUUUGGGAUGGGCCAAGGUGAGAAAAGAUGAGGAAGAAAAAGGAAGGCAAAGCUCCGGUGGGACUGCCGGCCAUGUGUAUGUAAUAAAGUCAGACUGUGAGGGACCUGGCGGCCCCUUGUUGGGUCACAUGUUAAUGAUCAGAGGCCAAAGCGUAGAUGAUGUCAACACUGCUGCGCCUACCAACCUUGUGCUAUACAUUAUUAUGCCAAACCCCCUUCCUCUCCAUGUGGACUCCCUCUCAGAAACACCCCUCCCUCCUCCCUGGAUUUUGUCUUGUGAACGGUUCAUUCUACCUGUAAUCUAUUGUAAUUAUGUAAUCUAGAGUCAUUUCACUGGUUGCUAAACGAAGACAAUGCAUUGUUAAUUUAUUGAAUGUACAGUUUUGAUGACAGUGGCUUAACGUGCGUGUGUGAAAAAUGUGAUGUUUUCAUUGAGGACGCUGAGGUCAAACCUCUGGCUCUGGAAAACCCUGCUGAACCUGAAUCCUACAAAGUGCUGUUAACAACAAAUAUGCAUAAACACUCUCUCACACAAUCUCUCAGUGAUCACCGCCGCUGUUAAUGUAGCCGGUGCUGGCUGAUCUGCAUCCAGACAGGGUUCAAACCUCAAGCUGACAGCUGUUCUCUUAUUUAUUUGUACUGUUGAACAUAAUGAGUCAUUGUAGACAGUUAUUGCUGCUUUAAAGAACUGUAAUGUGACGGGAUUGUAAUUUAUAACACUUAACGAAUUCUUUUAUUUACUUUUUGGGUUUGAAGACACAUAGAUGUGUUUACCUUUAAACACGGUGAUAGUUUGUUUCAUUA